UGCAGCUCUAUGCGCUAGGAAUCAGAAUGGAUAACGAAACAAUCCAUAUUAAUUUAACAUCCGAACCUUUCGACAGGAAUGGCCUUUGUCUUUCGUUUGAUAUAAAGCUUUCUUCCAAUUUCAGCAGUGUAAAUUCGACAUUAAUUAACGACUCUUGGAGCAAGAAUAUCAAACCUAUAUUAGAUUACCUGAUGAUAGUCAUCCUCGUUGUCAUAAUGUUGGCCACGGGAUGUGAAAUAACUUGGAGAAGUUUGUGGAAGCACGUGAAGCGACCCAUUGGACUCUGCAUAGGAAUCAUAAGCCAGUUUGUGAUAGUUCCUCUUUCGGGAUAUCUCAUUUUGACAGCGACGGGCAUCACAGGCCUGCAUGCGACAGGUGUGCUCAUCAUAUCAUGUUGUCCUGGAGGAGUGUUGUCGAACACUUUUACUUACUUCUUUGAAGGAGAUUUGUCUUUAAGCGUUGCCAUGACUUGUUCCUCUACGAUAAUGGCUCUAUGCAUGAUGCCGGCAAAUAUUUGGCUUUACGGGAGAUCCUUCAAUUCCGAGAAUUUGAUGAUUCCGUAUCAAAAAAUGGCUCUUUCCCUCAUCAGCGUCACUUCACCUGUGGCCGUUGGAAUGACCCUGAGAUGGAAAUAUCCACGAAUAGCAACACUAAUCACAAAACUGGGAAGUUAUUGCGGAAUCCUCAUCAUGUUCGUGUGCAUCAUCAUCGAAGUGGUUGUAUUCCCAAACAUGUUCACCGGCAUCCCUCCGAAGCUGUACGCCGUCAUCCUGUCUCUGCCUCUCAUCGGUCUGAGCCUGGGUUUCAGCCUGGCCACUCUGCUGAAGCAGAAGAUCCAAGUGAGGAAGACGAUUGCUAUCGAAUGUGGUGUGCAGAACGUGCCGAUAUCGCUCACAAUAAUCGCCAUGUCAUUUUCUUUGGAACCUGCAUUAUCUACAAGGAGGAGCGACGAGCAGACAAACACACCACAGAAAGACACAGAGUGA